AUGGCUUCAACAUCUCCUCUCCGAAAACCAGGCCAGCGUCUUACCGGAGUGCUGAGCAUGUAUACAUCCACAAUUGCAUUAAGAGAUCUUGAAGAUGAUAUAUUCGCAGCUUCAAAUGCUAAAAGAAACUUAACGGAAAGGGAGAUCAAAAUCAAAUUAUGUCUCAACGGCGGGGUUCUGGAGGAGUUGAAAGUUGAAAGUUUUUCUUCAUUGGAGCUGGCUGGCUAUGUGCAUACGGGUUUUGAAUCCCAUCGAUAUUGA